UCUUACAGGUUCAGCCGUUUGGGUCGCCGCUGGCGUCAAGAUUAGUCUCUCUCUCUCUUUCGUCCGCACGACGGAACGGGUCUUCCUUUCUCUCUCUUAAUUCCUCUUUCUCUCCCUCUCUUUUCUUCUACUAUCACCUGUCAUCUGUUUGGUUGGAAUCUCCAAUCUCAUAUGCUAUGUUAUCAUAAUUGCUCCUGAUCGUCAAGGAGAAGACGAGCCGAGUCUUGUUUCGCACCUUCUAUUAACGGAAGGUGUGGGGGGAAGCGGACCGAGAAGAAACCCCAAACUCCUCUUCCCCCCCCCAUUUCCGUCCGGCGAUACCCUGCUGAGCGGUCCUCUUUCCCGAAGCACCUGUUCGUAUACAUGAACGGAUGACAAGAUGAACAACGUCUUCAGUAGCCAAAUAUUAGCUGAGAAGCUUUCCAAACUCAACAACUCUCAGCAAAGCAUUGAAACAUUAUCACAUUGGUGCAUUUUUCACCGGAAAAAAGCAAAACAGGUGGUUGAAACAUGGGAAAAAUUGUUUAGCAGCUCACAGAAAGACCAAUGCAUCUCUUUUCUAUACCUGGCUAAUGACAUCCUGCAGAACAGUAGAAGGAAAGGGAGUGAAUUUGUGAAUGAGUUUUGGAAGGUUCUGCCUGGUGCACUCAACAAGGUAGUGAAAAAUGAUGAUGAACAUGGGAAGCGCGUUGUCCUAAGAUUGAUAGAUAUAUGGGAGGAAAGGAAGGUCUUUGGAUCCCGUGGAAGUGGUCUUAAAGAUGAAAUGCUUGCAAAGGAACCUCCACCUUCAUUGGAGAACAAUGGCAAGAGUUCACACUCCAUCAAAAUAGCGCGGAAGGAUGCUCAUUCAAUCAGAGUAAAAUUAGCAAUUGGAGGCAUGCCAGAAAGAAUAGUAUCGGCAUUCCAAUCUGUACAUGAUGAUCAUUUCAAUGAAGAUACUGCCUUAAAUAAAUGUAAGGCUGCUAUCCGUCGCGUUGGAAAGAUGGAGAAGGAUGUGGAUGAUGCCCGUUCACAUGGAAAUCAACAGGAGUCAACCUUGGCAAAUGAACUGCAGGAGCAGGAAAACAUUUUGAGGCAAUGUAUUGCACAGCUUCAAAAUACUGAAGCGACAAGGACUGCUCUAGUUGCUCAGUUGAAGGAAGCAUUACAGGACCAGGAGUCAAAACUGGAGCUUAUUAGAACUCAGUUGCAAGUCGCACAAGCCCAAGCUGAACAAGCAAAAGCUAUGCAGCAACAGUUGCUUGCUGGACCCGCUUGUGGUCCGCCUGAAUUACCUUCUACUGUUGAACCUAAACAAGCUCAAGCACAGAUUGCAACAACCACAGCCAUCUCCAGUGCUACCCAUCCACAUCAGCCAGUGCCAUCUCAACCACUCACUUCUUCAGUGGACAUGAAAAUGACUUCUGAAGAACAAAAGAAAACUGCUGCUGCUGUUGCGGCAGAAGUUGCUGCCAAGUUAGCAGCGUCAACAUCCUCAGCUCAGAUGCUCACAUCUGUUUUCUCCUCUCUUGCUGCUGAAGAAGCCGCAUCCAUGAACUUUGGUUUGAAAACCAGCAGCUUUGGUCCAAGCAGCUUCCCAGCUGAUAAAAGACCAAAAUUGGAGAAGCCCAUGAUGGUUACCGACACAACUAGUUCUUAUGUUUCUCACUACCAGCAGCAACAGGGUGGUUCUCUUGCACAAGUCCCAGGCCAGGUGUCAACAAGUAGUUUGCAGCCUUCGCCUUUUCCACCACUUCCACCGUUGCCACCACCUGCUAUACAGCAACAGUAUGUGCAAGCAAGUGGUAUGAUGGUGGGGAUGCCGUAUAUGUAUAGUGGCAACAGUUUACCCCCCCAACCGCCAUUGCCUCCACAAAUGGCGGUGGCAAAAUCUGGUUCCACACAGAUGCAACAACCAGCCCCACAGCAGCAGCAGCAGCAACAACAACAACAACAACAACAUGGUGUUAUUCCUGGUUAUUACCAGGCACCAAAUGCUAGUUUCUAUACGCAAGGUGGUACACAACCAACUCAAGCCGUGCCUCGGUAGUUGUCUUUCCAGUACUGUUCCAUCAAUUUGUCGUGCUGAGGUCUGAUGCUUGGGUUGUCCACUUUAUGUGUAAGUCCAUCCUUAUGUACAUUUUGCAUGUAAACUGCAUGUGAAUGCUACUAUGCUGGAUCUUGUUGAAGCUUGCCUGUAGUAUGUCGUAAGAAUCCGGAGGGAGAGAAAGAAUAAUAGUAAUGUUAUGCACCGAUGAUUUUGAACUGUAAUUUAAUGCAUAUUAUGUAGCGAUCUGCUUUUAGAUGUAAGUUACCAUAAUUUAAAUUUCUGUACAUUUCAUCCUUCUAUCUUUUAUUUGUCAAGAUUUUGAUUCUUCAUGCA